AGUGUGAAUGGGAAGGGAUAUCCUAAUACCUACGCAGUGAAAGCACCAAACUGAUGAAAAAUACAGUAGCAAACUGACAAGAACGAAACCAAUCCAAACAAAUAAAGCCACCAACACGCACUCUCCUUUUGCCCUUUCCUUCAAUCAUCUUUACCAACUCUUCUAUAUCAUUAAUUCCAGAUCCAUACAUACAUGUAUGUACUAGUAUAUGCUGCACCGUAUCAUAUGUGAAACCCAAGAUGAAAAUUCAUGGAUUGAAGAAGGAAAACUUGUGGGAUUGGAGUGAUGCAUGGAUCCAACAACAGAUGUGAGAGAAAUUGCUUAUUUGGGUGGUUUGAGGAAAUCUUCUUGUUUUCUGGUGGUGAUUUUUGGAGCUUUGUGUUCUUGUGUUUGGUGAUGAGAAUACGGCCGUUCAAUUUCAGCAAUCUGUUUUCCAUCACACAUCCAAACUUGUUGUUUUUCGUGAUCAAUUAAUUCCAAAAUACUAAAAACCCCCAUAAGAUUCAGAAUUUCAAACAUUCUUGCUUUUUUGUUUUUGUGUUCAUAAUAGUCAAUAACUGCAAAAAUUUCUGGGUUUUUCUGGAAGCCUCGAAAUUGAUAGUCUGCUCUUGGAUUGAGAAAAACUAGUGAUGGGUUUUUACGGAAUAGCUUCAAGUGCUUGAACUGCUGUGAAGUAAAGAGAAGGCAAAUUGGGGGUUUCUUGUGAUCAAUUAGUUGAUUGUAUAUUGAUAAUAUAAUUUUGGGAGAUGGCAAUGUCUUGCAAGGAUGCUAACAAGGCGGCAGCUGCAGCUGCAGCUAUGGACAAUGGCAAAUAUGUUCGAUACACGCCAGAGCAGGUUGAAGCACUGGAGAGGCUCUAUCAUGAGUGUCCUAAGCCCAGCUCCAUUCGCCGCCAGCAGCUCAUUCGCGAGUGUCCUAUUCUCUCCCACAUUGAGCCUAAGCAAAUCAAAGUCUGGUUCCAGAAUCGUAGAUGCAGAGAAAAACAGAGGAAAGAGUCAUCUAGGCUUCAAUCAGUGAAUAGGAAGCUGACGGCUAUGAACAAACUCCUAAUGGAAGAGAAUGAUAGAUUACAGAAGCAGGUGUCACAAUUGGUUUAUGAAAACGGUUACUUUCGCCAGCAUACUCAGAAUAAUGCACUUGCUACUAAAGACACAAGUUGUGAAUCAGUGGUGACAAGUGGUCAACAACACCGCUUGACCCCUCAGCAUCCGCCAAGGGAUGCAAGUCCUGCAGGGCUUUUGUCCAUUGCAGAAGAGACUUUAACGGAGUUUCUUUCAAAGGCCACUGGAACUGCUGUUGAGUGGGUCCAAAUGCCUGGAAUGAAGCCUGGUCCGGAUUCCAUUGGAAUCGUUGCUAUUUCUCACGGUUGCACUGGUGUGGCAGCAAGAGCUUGCGGCCUGGUUGGUCUAGAGCCAACAAGGGUGGCAGAAAUCCUGAAGGAGCGUCCUUCAUGGUUUCGCGAUUGCCGGGCUGUGGAUGUUCUCAAUGUGCUGCCUACUGUCAAUGGUGGAACCAUUGAACUUUUAUAUAUGCAGCUAUAUGCGCCAACAACUUUGGCGCCAGGUCGUGACUUUUGGCUGUUACGCUAUACUUCUGUUAUGGAUGAUGGCAGUCUAGUGGUCUGUGAAAGAUCACUCAGCAAUACUCAAAAUGGUCCAAGCAUGCCACCUGUGCAGAACUUUGUGAGAGCUGAAAUGUUGCCUAGCGGUUAUCUAAUUAGACCUUGUGAGGGUGGAGGUUCAAUUAUCCACAUCGUUGAUCACAUGAAUUUGGAGCCAUGGAGUGUUCCCGAGGUAUUACGGCCUCUCUACGAAUCUUCAACAAUGCUAGCUCAUAAGACCACAAUUGCGGCACUGCGCCAACUUAGGCAGAUUGCUCAGGAUGUUUCCCAGUCUAGCGUAACCAACUGGGGCAGACGACCUGCAGCUCUACGAGCACUUAGCCACAGGUUGAGCAGGGGAUUUAAUGAGGCUCUCAAUGGGUUCAGCGAUGAUGGUUGGUCGUUGAUGGGUAAUGAUGGCAUGGAUGAUGUCACUAUAGUUGUGAACUCUAAUCCUGAAAAAUUAAUGGGCUUAAAUCUCUCUUUCACGAAUGGAUAUCCAUCCGUUUCCAAUGCAGUCUUGUGUGCCAAGGCAUCUAUGCUUUUACAGAAUGUACCUCCGGCAAUACUACUCAGAUUUUUGAGGGAGCACAGGUCAGAAUGGGCAGACAACAAUGUUGAUGCUUACUCGGCCACUGCUGUUAAAGUUGGUCCUUGUACCUUUUUAGGGUCCCAAAUUGGUUCUUUUGGGGGUCAAGUUAUCCUUCCGCUGGCUCAGACUAUUGAGCAUGGAGAGCUGCUGGAGGUCAUCAAGCUGGAAGGUGUUGGUCAUUCUCCUGAAGAUGCAAUGCUGCCUAGGGAUGUGUUCCUCUUACAACUGUGCAGUGGGAUAGAUGAAAAUGCGGUUGGCACCUGUGCUGAACUCAUAUUUGCCCCUAUUGAUGCCUCUUUUGCGGAUGAUGCUCCUCUCCUGCCAUCUGGUUUCCGCAUCAUUCCUCUUGAUUCUGGCAAGGAAUCUCCGAGUCCAAACCGCACCCUGGACCUCGCAUCUGCUCUUGAAAUUGGAACUGCAGGAAACAGAUCUUCAAAUGACCUUGCUGUUACCAGUGGCACUACAAGAUCUGUCAUGACAAUUGCAUUUGAGUUUGCAUUUGAAAGCCACAUGCAAGAUCACGUUGCUUCGAUUGCACGACAGUAUGUACGUGGCAUCAUAUCGUCAGUUCAACGGGUUGCAUUAGCUCUUUCUCCAUCUCACCUGGGUCUGCAAGCUAGUAUUCGUUCUCCGCUUGGAACUCCUGAAGCACAUACUCUUUCUCGUUGGAUCUGCCAAAGUUACAGGAGCUAUAUGGGUGUUGAUCUUCUCAAGUCUGCUGGUGAAGGGAGUGAAUCAAUCCUUAAAGCUCUGUGGAAUCAUUCUGAUGCUAUUAUAUGCUGCUCCAUUAAGGCAAUGUCGGUUUUCACAUUUGCAAACCAGGCUGGUCUCGACAUGCUUGAGACAACCUUAGUUGCGCUUCAAGACAUAUCUCUGGAAAAGAUAUUUGAUGAUCAUGGAAGGAAAAAUCUCUGUUCUGAGUUCCCACAAAUAAUGCAGCAGGGUUUUGCAUGUCUUCAGAGUGGUAUCUGUCUGUCGAGCAUGGGGAGGCCCGUUUCUUAUGAACGCGCAAUAGCUUGGAAAGUUCUGAAUGAAGACGACAAUGCCCAUUGCAUCUGCUUUAUGUUCGUAAACUGGUCAUUCGUGUAAAGUUAUGGUUGUGAAACCAGAACAACAAAGUACUCAUAAAAGGAUCUGCUAUUUCGUCGUACUCUGCUUUUCUUGGCAUAGAACGUUAAAAACUCUUGCUUAGUUUGGAUCCUCAGUAAUCACACUCUGUUGGCUAUAUUAUAUGCUUCUCUAUAUGCUGUUAUUCUUGUUUAA